CAUCAUUUUGUGUUCCAUGGGAUGCGCGAUCCCUUGCCAUGGCAAUCCGUUGGCGCAAAGAGCGCAAGCAACAGGAAGUGGAAGUGCCCGACUUUCUCGAGGACUCUGCGGCAGUCCGGCUCUACGCCCGGCGCCGCGCCGCUGUCCAGCGCCCCAACGAGCAGCUGCGCGAGCUGCUGGCGCUCCCAGAGGCAGAGCGGCACCAGGCGCUAGCACGGAUGAGAGCAGAGAAGGUGGAGGAAGAGAUGAGGGCAGAAGGCAAGUGCGAAAAGUGCAUGUUGCAAAGCCAAUAUUGCAUUUGCGAAUCCAUCCACUCCAUUCGCCGCGAGUCGCUGGAUGCACUCAAUGCGCGUGCGCCGCUGCACUUCGUGGUGUGGAUGCAUCACAAGGAGAGAAGACGUGCGUCGAACACUGGAAAGCUGCUGAAGCUUUUGAUGCCCGACCAUACCGACAUCUUGAUUGAUGGCGUACCUGAAGACGAUCAAAAGCUGCAAGAGCUCAUUCUAGGCCGCAGAGCGUUUGUCCUCUACCCCUCCGAAGAUGCUGUGCCCAUCCCCGUCGCGCUCGGCGCGUCCUCAGUUCCGGUCGCGUCGCCGUGGCCGGUCGCGACGCACGGCGGAGCUUCUCCUCCGGUGGCCGUGCUCAUCGAUGGAACCUGGAAUCAAGCACAGCGGAUGCACAAGCAUUUCGAGCACAUGCAGCACGUGGUGGUCUUUCCAGAAGGUCAAUCGCAGUUCCAUUGGCGGCGCCAGUCCCAAGAGGGUCGCAUCAGCACCAUUGAAGCAGCGGCACUGGUCCUUGAAGAGCUGGGUGAACUCAACACUGAGCACCUGCUGCGAGCAUUGGAGCUGCUCAUGGAUGCCUUGGGGCGGCAGUGCCACCAUGACACCCUCUUUCAGCACGCUUUGCCAAAGCCCACGGGGAAGAAGAAGUUCGCACUGGGCGCAAAGAAGAUCCAGAAGCUGCUCCCUGGUCAACGGGGUUCCCAAGGGGAUGUCAUAGAAGAAAAAGCAGCGCGAGGCCGCGUCAUGUGGUGGUUAAUCUCCAUAUCCUUACCCAGGUGAUGGUUGACCUUACCGCUUGGGUGUGGAUUGAUUCCGUAACUCAAUGUUUGUCUUCAGACAAACCUCAAGGAGGUGGUUCUUGGUUUGCUAGAUCUGAGGUUGUCAUACUCGUGACCCUCAGGAAAUGGAUUUGCAGACAAGUAAGACACACAUCCGCGGCUUGUCCAUGACAGACUCUCCAAUUACCC